GGUUCGAGAUUACAUAAAACAGAUUAUGUUGUUAAUUUGUGCAUUUAGAAGGCACAGUUUGUGUGACUUGCUAAUGGUUAAUAUGUGGCAGUGAUAGUGAAGUGGAGGUGGGGAAAGUACAUAUUGGACGUGUACGGCAAUCUUUUUUUGUACCCGUUUGUUGUUUUGGUGAUCUUGUGUUCUACUCUGUUUCUUCCUCGGUAAGAUACUUUAAAUAACACUCCUGAUGAUUCUGAUAUCAGUAGAACUGUGUGGAUAUUACAGCAAACGAUCAGUGCAUGAGUGUCGUUGAGUGCUGACAUGACACUCGAAGAUCCUUUUUUCGUGGUGAAAGAUGAGGUUUGUAAAGCACUGAACAAGACAAGAGGACUUUACCGUCGGUGGCUCGAGCUCCAAGACGAUACAGCUAAUAAUGUUUCGAAGGAUGAAUUGGAAUGGACAACAACAGAAUUACGAAAUUCAGUUCGUAGUAUUGAGUGGGAUUUAGAAGACUUGGAAGAUACUAUUGGCAUUGUCGAGAAGAAUCCUAGUAAAUUCAAAAUUGACAACAAGGAACUAAGCAGCCGAAGAAGCUUCAUUGACCAAACUCGGGAGGAAGUGAAGACUAUGAAAGACAAGAUGAAUAUCUCCAGGAAUAGGGAUCGUGACAGAACUGCUAGGCAGCCACUUCUGGAGAACAGUCCAGUUCGAGUUCCAACGAGUCAUGGGACAACCAAGUAUUCUAAGCUGGAGAAUGAAUUGGACAGUCCAAAUCGACAGUUUUUGGAUGACACACUCCAGCAACAAAACCACAUCAUGAGGACUCAAGAUGAACAGUUGGAUAUGAUUAGUGAUUCAGUUGGGUCACUAAAGACUGUGUCACGGCAAAUUGGGAGUGAACUAGAUGAACAGGCUGUGAUGUUAGAUGAAUUUGGUAAUGAAUUGGAAAACACCGACUCCAAACUUGACACCACAGUGAAGAAAGUAGCAAAGGUGCUUCAUAUGUCAAAUGAUCGAAGGCAGUGGAUUGCUAUAGCGGUCUUAUCAGGAAUAAUGGUAGUUGUCAUUAUUCUUUUCAUUGUCACUUGAAGAGUUCUCUCCCAGCGCAAGCUGCAGAUUAUCUGUGACUUGUGUUUGUUGUAAUUAGCUACGUGUUAGUUGUACUGAUGUCACAGACAUACUCCAGCUAGUCCAACUUGAUGCAAGAGGAUGCCAUUAGCUUCAUGCGAUCGAGGAUAUAAGUGGGUGCUCAUUUUACUCCAGUGUUUACAAAUCUUGUAGGGUUUUUUUUUGUAUAGAAUGGUUAUUGUAAUUCCAUUUUCUAUUCCUGUAUAUGUCUUGAAGUAAUUUAUUUGGAAAAAUCUAAGCUUCAGUAAUUUUAACUAUCGUGAAUUUUAAAUUCUAAAAAAUAAUGCAAGUAUUAGAGAUAGAAAUGUUCCUACAUUAUCACACAAUUUAUCCAAAAUGCUGCGUACCAUUUGAAUGCUUCAUGAGACUAUAAGUGAUUCAUAUGUAAUGUCAAGGAAUUCCAGGCAGAACUUGUAAUGAUUACUUUUCUGUUACACUAACUUCUAGUGCCACAAACAUUGUGUUGUUUGUAUGUUAUUUAGGCAAAAUACAUUUAUAGUCCAACAGCAAAAUAAAAUUUAGCACGCGCACAAGAGCAGAUGGUCAUAUAAUUGAAUCCUAGAUGAGUUAGAAAAUUUUUAUCCCUUGCAAUUAUAAAUAUGUUACAGAUUAUUAUCAUCAUAUUUAUAAUCUUCAUUGUUUCCUUCUGAGCAGAACUUAUUACUUAGGUAUCAGUUUUGUUUUUAUUUAAAUUUGUCAGACAUAAUCUUAAAGUUUUGUACCAUUGGUGUGUUUGUAUAAAUGAAAUUUGCACACAAUUAAUAGACAUGUUUACAGCCUACAUAUUUUCGUAUUGAAUUUCAAAUUCCCAGGUCAGAUGGUUCAUUAUUUAUCAUCUUCAAACUGAAAAUUAAAUAUGCAUGUCAUGUAGCUACCAUCCUGUUGUUUUACACACUACAAAAAUUACCUCAAUAAAUGUAAUUUUGCUUAAUGUCAAUUACCGUACAUCAUUUCCGGACCACUUGUUAAGUGGGUUUAAUAUCAUUCCGACUUCACAAAUUCAUGUUUCUGCCAUGUUCUAUGUAUUUAUUUAUUUGUAUAUUAUUUAAUGAUGCUUUUUCAUUAACUCAGACUAUAUAAUGUCGAUCUGCCUUGUUGUUGUUGCUGAUCAUUAGGAAUUAAAAUUAUGAGGGGAUAGUGGUUUGAAAUGGCACAUCAUAUAUCAUUCUGUGAAAGUUAGUCACUUCGUUCUAAAGCUGAAAGGUGGAAGGACACCCGAACUGCAUGGACAUCGCAAAAUCUUUCUUUAUGUACGUUUUGCGAGAUAUAUUUUUGUGUCAUCACAGAAAUAACAGAGGAUGAGUUUACCCCUAAAUGCAUUAUCCUACUGAAGUAAUUGCUACUUUAGAGGAGAGAAUGAUGUGAAAGAAUUAGUCGCAAAGAAGCGAAUGUUCUAGACCAAAAAUUACACCAAGUUGUUGCAGGGCUGUUCAAGUUAAAAAAAUUAAAUAAACAUGCUGUGAUGUUCUUUGAAAUUUUGUGUAGUAUUCUUCCCUCAGAAUUCUGUUUAGUACUUUGAAAAAAAAUUUCAACAAGAAUGGCAAACAAUCCAUUUUGAGAUUUUGUCAAAAUUAAGAACUAAUAUUUUUUACAAAAAAAUAUGUAUAUGACACAUAGUGUGUUUUUUUGUUAAACUUUAUUGUACAAGUAUAAGGGAUGUAAACCCCCAUUAUAGGGGCUGCUGGCCAGACUUUAACUUUGAGAUUAACAAUUUAGUGAUUUGCGAGUGUGACUCAUGGCCGGUUCGACUGCACAUUAGCCACAAUGUACAAAGGUUAAGCUCUAUAAUUUUCAUUUCAAAUAUUUUUAAUAAAAAGUAUUUGUUAUUGGCCUUACGUGAAGCAGAGGCUAUAAUGUUUACCUCUGAACUAGAAUUCACUGGCAAGUUUCAUGGACGGAAAGAUAUAUCAGUCCCGUACUUAGUGUUUCAGUUUCAGCAUUGAAUAUCUGAAAUCUGAACAGCGAAAACUGUUGCCAUAUAAUGGCCUACUUUGACCAAUGAAGUUCAGAACUCGUACAUCAAAUAUCAUACAGAACUUGUUAUGAUGGUGUAAAAUGUUUUCUAGCCAGAAACAGCAGCUUCAUAAAUUGAAGAUACAUGUUUGUUUAAUUUGUGUGAGGCUUAUUGUUUCAUAAAUAAAGCAGUAAAAUGGUACUCAGAUCUUUAAUGAUCCUGUAGACAGGGAUGGAAGUGGCUUUUCGGAACUAGGCCGUUACUCCAGAUCAGUAGAAAUGUCCAGGGGAAUGUACAGCACGCGUUAUAAAGCAAAUUAAUAUGAUGCAGGUUUGAGAAUUCAUUCCCACGUGGUGUGUUUUUGGGAACAAUAUUUACUAUGUCCAAGGCUCUGGAAAUUGCUUAGUUAAGAGAAGCAAUCUGGAACUAAGUAGAAAGUCUUCUCCGUAGGUUUUAGUGGCUGUUGUUUAAAGUAUAACUUUGGCUUUUGGGUAAUAAGCUUUAUCAUUUGUUUAAGGUUUUCUAACAUUUUAGCAAAUAUAUCAUUUGCAAUCUCAUACAUCAAGUAUCAUACAGAAUUUUUGAAGACUGCAACUGCAUUGUUUGCUGAAAUAUAGGGAAACGUUAAAAAAUGUACUUGACUUAUCCCCGAAAGUCGAAGUUAUACAUCAGGUACGUAGCAUAUGUCUGCAUCUUCUUCUCUUUCAAGCCCUGCCUAUAGAUGUUGCAUCAGUUGAUAUUCCCAGUGCUCCCUUCAAGUGAGAAACACUUGGGAUACAAGAAUUUUAAGAUGCAAUCACAUUUCCUAUUCAUUCAUUAAAAAUCACCAAAGUUUUAUGUUUAGUUUAAAACAGUAGGUGAGUUACGUAUGUUAGCUGUAUAAGACGCAGUGCAAUAUGUUCAUAGAGUGAACAUUUUAUACCACAGUUAUUUCCUGGUUACAAUAAUUAGAUUGCUAAAUUAUUGGUUUAGUUUUUUGUUAGGUGCUGUUUCAUAAAGCAGUGUCAUAUUCUUUUAUGCUCUGAAUUUUUUUGUGCACAGUUGUAAGGAUACACUAAAGAAUUGUAUUAAUUGCCAAUAAAAUGUACACAAUUAUUCUCAAAAAAGUUAUCUGAUAGGUUGUACAGUAUCAUAUUAGAUUGUAUAUAGAUGAGGGAAAUUAUAAUUUUAAUUAUUGUUUGGUGUGUUUUAGAAACAUUUGUUCCAUUUAUAUUGGUGCAUCAUUUGAAAAAUAUAAAAUGUACGUAAAUUAAAAUGUUUUGUUUCAGGUGUCAGUGUGUUUUCAUUGGUGAUUUGAAAAAUGACUUUGUAGUAAGUAGUUACUGCACUUGUAUUGACUUGUCAUUAGCCUCUGAUGAUCUUUUUAUUUAUAUUUUUUAUCCUGGCUUUAAAUACAUUGUCUUAGAACUUGGUGGUUUGCCAACCAUAUUUACUUUUAUAUAUUCGGCGUCAGAUUAUAAUUUAUGCUAUUAACAAAACAGCAACAUGCUCCACACACCUUAUCUUGCAUUUGAAUAAAUAUUUAUGAACUGUAUUUAGAUUUCUGUAGAGUGGAAUUAUAUGAAUUUUAUCUUCCACUUUAGCGACUGUCUGAGAAGUAAAUGAAUUUAAUUUUAUAACUUCUUCAGAAGAAAACUAGAAAAGUACAAAUACUUAAAGGAAACAUAAUAAACAUUAUAUACCUGGUUGCAUUAUUUACCAUAACCGUGAGAAUUCAAUGAUUUUCCUUAAACAAAUAUGGUUUUUGCUAAACUACUACUUUCAUUUGAUACUUGUGUUUUGUUAUUUAUAUUGUUAAUGUCUUUAUAAGAUGAGUUGUUGCUAUCAAACAUCAUAUUAAAACAUUGUGUAUCUUAUAUUUGUAAGGGAAACUAAACAGUUGUGGAAUAAUGAAACUGAAAUUGUCAUGUCACCUUAUAUAAAUAUAUAAUUGAACCCUGAUAUAGAAUAAAUCAUCAUAUUUC